CGACACUUGAAGAGGCGCAUACAUCCACCAAGAGAAACGCACCCGCUCCUCGCACACGUCGAAGUUCCGCGAACCCGCCGCCUCCCACGAUGAAGCCCAAGACCAAGCAGCACAAGCCCCGCGUGGACGCCGACGUGGCCAUGAGCGACGUCUCGAGACCGAAACGCGCCAAGAAGAGCGACAAGUUUAAAGACUUAAAAAUCGACACGCAGCAACUCAAGGAUAAUGCCGAGCCCGAAGCCGAGAAAGUGGCGCCACCCUCGAGCACUAGCAAGAAGAGACGUCGACGACCAGCGGCGGAGAUUGAUCGCAAAUACAAAUGUACAGUUGCUGAUUGUACCAAGGCUUACGGCUCGGAAGGCUCAUUGAUACACCACCAGAAAGUGAAACAUCCAGAAUUGGCACAAGUAGAAGCACAAGAGAAAAAGGAGACACAGGUCGGGACGUUCUUGUUGCCCCUCCACAAUGCGCCGCGUAACGUGACGAUCCGACCAGCGACGCCUUUGGUGAAGUUUGCUACGGAUCCAGUCCUGCUGCUCAGCAACCAAAGCGCCAAUGAUACCGACGCUAUCGCGUCUCCGUCCGACAUUAUCCCUCCAUCAGCCAAAGCUCCUCGACGCAAUAUGCGCUCGCGUUCCAACUCGGAGCCAGUCACUUUAAUCGACGCCGUGGCUGCCCCCAUGGUUUCUAUCGCAGCUCCGAGCUCUAACCCCAUCAAAAAUCGGACACGAACGCCUCGUAAACCACGUCGAGCUGCCACGCCACACCCUAAAAAACCGGUACCAACCGUUCGACGCGCCAAGAUCCGCUCUAAAUCCGAGUCUCUACCUGAAAUGACCGCCCCAUUUCAACCCCUUGACGAGCUAAAAAUGCCCGUUAAUCGCAGCGACAGCGUUGCAAGCGCUCACGAGGCGAUUUUACCAAUCACCACUAUAGAUUCCGGUGGUCGAGGGUCAUUCGAGUGGCCUCCUGCGUCUACACACCACUCCACGUCACUGUCGAGUGACGAACAAGCCAUCGACAGCGACAUAUUAUCUGUGCUAGCCAACUGUGACGACCUCGAGGAUCCUUCCGUGCUAGACUUCGGUGGCGAACCCGUUUCAACCAGCUCGUAUCAAUCUAAUACGAGCUUUGAGGCCGAGGAUACCGAAAUGUUACCGGUGGGGAUGGAAUGUUUCAAAAUUUCUGAAAAUUCCACUUUACCGACCGAAGAUCCGCACCCUUUUGUAAUGAACGAACCGGAGGCCGAGCUGGGCUUGAAAGCAUUUGCCACACUCACGGACGACUGGGCUAAUGCCUUGCAUCUGUCGACUCAUUUGGAGAAAAUGUCCAUGGCGCAGGUAGAUACGCCACCUUCCAGCUUGGAAUCGUUCGGAGCGGGAGAAGCCACGGUCGGUAGACUGCGGUCAGCAUCAGAUCCGGUUCACAUGGCCGUUCCUAUGCAUCCUGUGGGGUUAACUCACUUUUCGUCAAUGCCUGUGGACGUUUUCGCACCUAAAAGAAGUUUAACCACUGGCGAAGACCUGAUGGAGCAAAAUGCCUCUUUUCAGCAAUGGUUUAGUGUGACGGAACCUGCUAAAACGACGAAUAAUUCGCUCUGGUCAAGUGAAGUCGACAUUGCUACUGCAACCGACUCGCAGCCGACGUCAGCAGCUCUUGAUGAAUUGUUGCAGCAUGAUGACGCAGUGGAAUGGAAAGCUGCGAAUGUUUUCGAGGGCGAUACAGACGUCGACUAUGCGUUAGCUGAUGCUGCAAUUCCGUCGACACUGCUCUAGACGUGACAGGUUACCCGGACAGCCAGCAGACAUUGUGGACUGGCAUAGUGGUUGUUAUAUCAUUUGUCGAAGUUGUAUAGGAUGUUCGCUCCAAAUGUGUAGUGUUUAAACAAAACAAACAUCUAAAACCCUGUGUUUAUACUCGU